CAUUUUCUCGCGUUUACAUCACAGACACACUCUCUCUCCCUCUCUCUCUACAACGACUUUCUCUCUCUUUGCCGUUUCUUCUUUUUCUCUCCCUCUCCGUCUUCUUUAUCGGUAACUUUGCUAUGACGAGUUUCGCUUUCUUCCAGCGUCUUUCUAAAUCCUUCCAAGACCAUCCCUCGCAUCUUAAGCUCAUACUCCUCUGCACCACCGUAACUGGUGGUGGCCUUUUGGCUUACAGUGAUGCUGCUUCUUCUGAAGUGCCGGUUACCGAGAAGAAAAAGGUGGUGGUGCUGGGAACUGGUUGGGCGGGGACUAGCUUCUUGAAGAAUCUAAACAAUCCGCGAUAUGAGGUGCAGGUGGUUUCGCCGCGUAACUACUUUGCCUUCACUCCGCUGCUGCCUAGUGUAACGUGCGGAACCGUCGAAGCUCGAAGCAUUGUUGAACCCGUUCGCAAUAUUGCUAAGAAGAAGGAAGUGGACGUUCUAUUCAGUGAAGCAGAGUGUGUCAAGAUUGAUGCUGAAAACAGAAAAAUAUAUUGUCGAUCUAAUAUGAACAAUAAUUUGAAUGGGAAAGAAGAAUUUGUCGUGGACUAUGACUAUCUAAUCAUAGCCGUGGGAGCAAAUGUCAACACAUUUAAUACUCCAGGAGUUGUGGAGAAUUGCCAUUUCUUGAAGGAGGUUGAAGAUGCUCAGAAGAUUAGAAGAACUGUUAUUGACUGCUUUGAGAGGGCAAAUUUACCCAAUUUAAGUGAAGAAGAGAAGAAGCGAAUUCUUCAUUUUGCUAUUGUUGGAGGUGGCCCAACUGGGGUAGAGUUUGCCGCCUCACUUCAUGACUUUGUCAAUGAGGAUAUGAUCAGAUUGUAUCCGGGAAUUAAAGAUUUGGUUAAAAUUACUCUUCUGGAGGCAGGGGAUCAUAUAUUGAGCAUGUUUGACAAAAGAAUCACUGCUUUUGCUGAAGACAAGUUUCAAAGAGAUGGAAUCGAUGUGAAAACAGGGUCCAUGGUUGUGAAGGUAACUGAUAAGGAGAUUUCCACUAAAGAACUGAAAAAUGGAGGAGAAAUUAAGACAAUUCCAUAUGGAAUGGCUGUCUGGUCAACUGGCAUUGGCACUCGUCCAUUUAUUAAAGAUUUCAUGGCACAAAUUGGUCAGGCUAGCAGGCGUGCUUUAGCUACUGAUGAAUGGUUGAGAGUUGAGGGUUGCAACAAUGUGUAUGCACUCGGUGAUUGUGCUACCAUCAACCAGCGGAAAGUCAUGGAAGAUAUUGCUGCGAUCUUUAAGAAGGCUGACAAAAACAAUUCAGGAACACUAACGGUGAAAGAAUUUCAAGAGGCCAUGAAUGACAUUUGCGAAAGAUACCCUCAGCUGGAGUUGUAUCUCAAGAAUAACCAAAUGCGCGGCAUCGCUGAUCUGUUGAAGGAAGCCAAAGGAGACGUUAAGAAAGAAUCAAUUGAACUCAAUAUCGAGGAACUCAAAACAGCACUCUCCAAAGUGGAUUCCCAGAUGAAAUUUCUUCCGGCUACAGCUCAGGUUGCAUCUCAGCAAGGCACUUACCUAGCCAAGUGUUUCAACCGGAUGGAAGAGUGUGAAAAGAAUCCAGAGGGUCCUCUCAGGUUCAGGGGAGAAGGUCGCCAUCGCUUCAAACCCUUUAGGUACAAGCAUUUGGGUCAAUUCGCUCCAUUGGGAGGAGAACAGACAGCUGCUCAGCUUCCUGGGGAUUGGGUUUCAAUUGGCCACAGCAGUCAAUGGCUAUGGUAUUCUGUCUAUGCAAGCAAGCAAGUAAGCUGGCGCACAAGGGCCUUGGUAGUUACAGACUGGACAAGACGGUUUAUCUUUGGAAGAGACUCAAGUCGCAUAUAGGAGGAGGGAAUUCAAAGCAAUAUUAAAAUUCUUUUGAUUCAGGAAAAAUUCUUGUUUCAGUUUCACCGAUUCUUUUGAAUAAGAGAGUAGUACACUAGCAGACUCGCGGCAGGGUUGUUACAGUCAAGGAUGAAUUGCUUUUCAUUUUUUUUUUUCAUCUUAGUUGAUAUUAGAGUUGCAGCAUUAUUUGGUCAUUUUCCCAUUUUUCCAAACUGGUCGGGGAAAAAUCAUUGAAACUAUUCAUAUGAAUACUUCAUUAAAUAUCAAGGGAAGAGUUAUUGUUAUCGUUA